AAUUUGAAAUAGCAGAAUUAAUAACAUUAAAUUAUAUACAAUCACUAUCUUAAAGUACUAAAUGAUAUUAAAUUUAAUGAAUGUAGUCCUUUAGAGCCACUUCAGACUAUAUUAUGAAUUAAAUUCCACGCUAGCCUUAUUAAUAAAUAUCUAAAUUGACUGAAGAAUUAGGAAAUUUAGAAAACUAUAAGUAAGUAUAAAACAACACUAAUAGUUUGACAAAUGAAAAGUUUGAACAUUCAAAAGAAUACUCUGGAAGACCUUAAACAUCAAUGAAACGUAUCGUUAAAAGAAAUAAGAAAUUUCCAGAUGAAGAAGAUAAUCAAUUAUUUUUGGAUGAAUCCAUAAUUAGUGAGACUGAAGGUAUGAUAAUAUUUUUAUGAGUUUAGCAAAAUUAAAUUCAUUAUAUGGACAAAGCAUUUCUAUUUAAAAGAAAUUAUAAUAAAAUUAGAAAUACAAUCCAAUAAAAGAAAUAAAUGCUAUAAAAAAAAUAGAUAACAUUAGAUCUAUUAUAAGUAAAGUAAAUGCAAAUAAAUUGAUGAAUAAGUUUAUAAUUUGA